GGGCCACCUGCUAACAGGAGAGAAGGAAGAUGGCCGAGUCUGGGAGAGAGGACAAGGAGUUGGAAGAGCUGCUGGAUAGUGCUCUCGAUGAUUUUGAAAAGACCAGCCAACCACCAAAUCCUGUAGACACUAGUACAAACGAUGCUCAACCAGAAAGAUCUCCAGGAGAUGCUGCUAAGGAUGCACUGUUCACCUCCCAGGAGAAGUUCUUUCAAGAGUUAUUUAACAGUGAGAUGGCUGCUCAGGCCACAGAAGAGUUUGAGAAGGCUAUGAAGGAACUGGCUGAUGAAGAACCCCAUCUUGUAGAGCAAUUUCAGAAGCUGUCAGAGGCUGCGGGCAAAGUUGGAAGUGAUGAAGCAUCACAGCAAGAAUUUACUUCCUGUUUGAAGCAAACCCUUACAGGACUGGCAAAAAAUGCAGAUGAGCUGCAGAAUCCUAGUCUGUCAGAGGAAGAACUUGCCAAAGCGAUGGAUGGGCUUGGAAUGGACGAAGGUGAUGGGGAUGGGAACAUCCUUCCUCUAAUGCAGAAUAUCAUGCAGAGCCUUCUUUCUAAAGAAGUACUCUACCCAUCCCUCAAAGAGAUCACAGAAAAGUAUCCGGACUGGCUGCGGACGAAUCGGGAAGCCCUUGCAGCUGACGACUAUCGCAAGUACCAGGACCAGCACACCCUAAUGGAAAAGAUCUGCCAGCAGUUCGAGGUGGAGGAUCAGGGAGAAGGUGACACGGCGCGUUUCGAGGCAGUAAUGGACCUCAUGCAGCAGCUACAAGAAUUUGGACACCCACCAAAAGAGCUGGCUGGAGAUUCUCCACCAGGUUUCAAUUUUGACCUCGAUGGGUUGAACCUCUCUAAUUCUGGGAAUGCCAGUGGGGAGCAGUGUCUGAUCAUGUGAUUUGGUUUCUGCCAUCCAAUCAGAAUGCAGUAAGGGGACAAUCUCUUCCUCUCAUUACUGACCCUGUUUAGCACCUGUGGAGCGGGGAUCAACAUACAGGACGCACAACCUCUCCCGUCUCGAGCAAGUGUGCUCAGUGCAGAAUGAUUGUUCCUGAGUUUGGUGUUGUCUGCUAACAACAAUACUUUAUUUUUAUUUUUGUGUGAUUACCAAGACGCCUUAAAAUUAGCCCAACAUUUAAGGAUGGAUGACAAAAGAGUUAGACCUGUUCCAGUUUGGUAAUGCUUAAUGGCUAGGUUAGCAGAAUUAAUUAGUUUGGUAUUGGAAUUUUAAUAAUAGGAGGGUUUACUCACUAAACCAGCUGUUGCAGAGAACUAAGAGGGGGUUUGUAAUUUUAGGCCAAAGUAGCUGAACUCUUAAAAGGAAAGUUAAAAGCUAUUUAGACUUGAAUUGUUGCAUUCCUGUGGUCAUUCCUCAACACUGGCUGGUUCUGUGAAAAAUCCCCAGUAUGUUGUGCCAAUUUAAAUUGGAUUCCUAACCAUGUACCAUAUCAUAUGUCUACUAAUAUACAUAGCCGUCUGAGCUGCAGUGCAAAUACGUAAUUAUCUGCAGGACAGUAAUAUAUCAUUUAAAAAAAAAAAAAUAUAUAGAAAUUUGCGGAGGUGAGAUUUUUUUUUUUUUCCCUUUCUAUUCAGCUUGAGUGAUCUAAAAGGGGCUUUGUUUAUUAAAUAUGUUGGACCGCAGACGAUGGGAGUAGACCAUAUAAAGCAAUGGAGCAUACGGUUUAAUUGAUGUUUUAAAAUGAUCUCAAACAGGCUCUAAUGUAACUUUUUAUAUAUUUUUGUCACUUCCUGUGUACUUGUCUGUCUCUGCAGUAAAGCAACACUUUAUUUUUUUUAUUUUUUUGGUAGGAUGCAAGUCUUUUGCUUUUCAGCCUUGCUGCUGAUAAAGCGUUCUGAUAAAUCUAGUGAUACAUUUUUAGUGGCUACUUUUUAGCACAUCCCUCCUAGAAGUGAUGAGUGUGCAAUGUUAGCUCUCCUACAUUUCCCAGAAUCCUCCUGCCCUUCAAGCUGUAACUUCCUAUGAGUUUGUGCUUGCUCUGCAUAAGUAAUGUAUGGAUUGUUUUGUGUAAGAGUGAGACCCCUCCACUAAUUACUCCUGGCCCUACUUCUCUCUGUGGCAUGCUUAUAUGGUCUGGACGAGGUUGCACUGGAAAAGAUAAACUACAACCCUGCUCGCAAAUGACUGUUAUUAAAACAGAUGUAAUAACUUGGGGGUAUCAUCUAGAGCUGAUUAAUAAAACGGUAAUUAUUUAUUUUUUUAA